CAAUCGCCAGGUGAUCAAGUGAAAAAGAAAGAAGUAUCAAAUUUUAAAAUAUAAAAUGCGCGGACAACUGAAAGCCCUGGGAGUGGGAUGUGCGGUUCUGGCAGUGGUGCUCCUCCUGCUGCCGGGAAGCAGCGAGGCGAAGCCGAUGGACCUGUACGACGACGUGAGCGACUUCUUCGACGCCAUCUCGCUGGACGAUGUGGCCAACACCGGACGCAACACUCAUCCGGAGCAGUUCUGCCUGAUGCCGGCGCGCAAGGGCGUCUGCAGGGCCUUGAUCCCCCGAUGGCGCUACAAUCCGGAGCAGAAGAAGUGCGAGGAGUUCAAGUUCGGCGGCUGCGAUGGCAACGAGAACAACUUCUCCAGCUACAAGGACUGCAUGUCCACCUGCGAGGGCAUGUAAGGUUCGUCCGUUCU